AUGUUGUUCUACACGCAGCUGUUCACGUCCAAGCGUGGACCGCUAGCUAAGAUCUGGCUAGCUGCUCACUGGGACCGGAAGCUCACCAAGGCCCAUGUGUUCGAGUGCAACCUGGAGGACACGAUACAAGACAUAAUUUCUCCAAAGAUGAAGAUCGGUUUGCGCACGUCGGGUCACCUGCUCCUCGGUGUGGUGCGGAUCUACUCCAGGAAAACCAAGUACCUGUUUGCAGACUGCAGCAACGCCCUGCUUCAGAUGAAAGUAGCGUUCAGACCAGGUCAGACAGAUCUGCCCGUCGAGGGGCUCGAGGCGACAGUGACGGCGAUCACCUUGAUAGAAGACUUCACUUCUUUCGAUGCCCAGCUGCCGCGUCUCAGUAACACAGAUGCUGUGGACCACUACUCACUGAACCAGUGCCGAUCAGAGGAAAUCACUCUGAAGGAGGAUUUUGGAAAAGACACUCUGACCCUGGCAGACUUUGGAGACGAGUCCAACAGCCACCAGAAUUCCCUGCUGGAUAUGAGCUUCCAUAGCCUGGCACAACACGGAGACGCCUUUGGAGAUGAGGACAGAGCGUACGACUUACUUGACUUUCUGAUACACUCCAGUGAUCACAAUGAAUCCACCAACUUCCUGUCAGACGAGCCUCAACACGAAAGUCCAGCGAACUCCACACUCAAUUAUACUCAAGAUGUUGACAGUAGAGAUCCAGCAGAGGGAGAGACCUCGACACUGAAUGAGACCAGCCUGAUCAUUGAUGAGGAGGCCUUUGCCCUGGAGCCUGUGACAACCACUCCAAACUCGGAGAAGAAGAGGGGAAAGAGGAAGCGCAAGCUGGUCGUGGACGAGAUCAAAGAGCUGAGCAACAGAUCUAUCAGCGAGCAGCUUUGUGACUUCUCAGAUUUGAUCGCCCCGUUGGACAUGGCGCCGCCGACCGUGCAGCUCAUGCAGUGGAAGGAGAGCGGGGGGGCGGACAAACUUUUUGCACAGACAUGUUCCACUGUAGCGGCUCCACAGAUAAAGGAGCUCUUUGCUCAGAGUGUUUUCCCGCUGAAGGGUUUUGUGUGUGAGGAGGUUGAGGAGAUGCGUCAGGACAGACAUGAAGUUCAGCAGGACAUCAGCGCCCUCACCUCAGAAAACAUCUGUGUCAUGGAUUCAUCGGUCGACAACACCGAGCCGACAGUUCAACUGAACAACAACCUGCAUGAGGACGACUCAAAUCACCCACAAGAUCAAAACAUGUCGGAGAUCUUUUAUCCAGAACUUCCCUCAGAAGACUCCAUGUUUGUCCAUCCGUCUCCCAUGGAGCAGGAGACCGAAUCCACGGCCCUGCACACUCAGUCGAUGCUGGACAGCCAGGACUUUGAGGAGAGGAGGAUAAGCAGGCAAGCACACGCGCUUCUGAACAGCCUGAAAAGCAGCGGUGAUACCACAUUCAGCCUGCAGGCGCUCUGUGAAGGAGGCAAUCGCUCCCGGGCAUCGACCACUUUCUUCUGCCUGCUGGUCCUGAAGAAGGAAGAAGCUCUCCACCUGCAGCAGAGCGCCGCCUACCAGGACAUCCUCGCCACGCCGGGACCGAAGUUCAACGAUUUGUAA